AUGGCCGCAGCGGCGGGGGAGGCGGAGGCGGAGGAGGAGUGCCCGGAGCUCAUCAGCGCGAGGGUCCCGGUGACGAUCCUGACGGGGUUUCUCGGCAGCGGCAAGACGACGCUGCUCCACCACGUGCUCGCCACGGAGCACCACCUCCGCAUCGCCGUCAUUGUGAACGAGUUCGAGUUCGGCAGGGCGAUCGAGAAGGGGCUGACGCUGAAGAGCUCGCAGAAGCCGGACGACGAGUGGCUGGAGCUCAACAACGGCUGCAUGUGCUGCACCGCCCAGUCGCAGACGGUGCAGGCGCUGGAGCGCCUCAUGGCGCGCAAAGGGACCUUUGACCUCGUGCUGGUGGAGACCGCCGGCCUCGCCGACCCGGGCCCGGUGGCCGCGAUGUUCUGGCAGGACGAGGCCGUCUGCGGCUCGCUCUUCCUCUCCGGCAUCCUCACGCUGGUGGACGCGAAGAACGUCGGCAGGUACCUGCGCGACCCGCAGCUCGCCGGGGAGGCGGCGCGGCAGAUCCUCAUGGCGGACCGCGUCGUGCUCAACAAGUGCGACAUCGCCACCGCGGCGGAGCAGCGCGCGGCGCUGGCGGAGGUGCGGCGCGUCAACCCGGUGGCGCCGGUGGUGCACGCCUCCCACGCCCGGCUGGAGAACCUGCGGGAGCUCCUCUUCCUGAACACCACGCGGCGGCUCACGGAGCUGGAGCACCUCCACCCCACCGGCGCCCCCGCCGGCGUCACCGCCGUCUCCUUGGAGUUCUUUGAGCAGCCGCGCCUUCUGGCGCUGCGCGACCCCGGCGACGUGGACGCGAUCUGCCGGGAGCUGCUGUACAAGGACCACGACCCCCCGUUUGAGGUGCUGCGCUGCAAGGCCGCGCUGUGGGUGCGGCGGGCGGGGCACUACUCCCUUCUGCAGCUGCAGACCAUCGGCGAGCUCUUUGACGCCACCCCGAUGGAGGGGCAGACCGUCCCGCUGGGCUGCUCCCGCGUGCUCAUCCUGGGCAAAGAGCUGGACAGGGAGGUCUUGCGGAACAUUUUCCUGCAGUACCUGCGCUGCGAUGACGCGGCGCCGUAA